AUGGCAUAUUUCAACAAUCACAAUGCCGACCCCAUGCGUUAUGUGGCCUAUUACCAGAAUCAGGCCGGCAAUGGACUCCCCGGCUAUGCUGGGGGCGGGGUAAGGUAUGGAGCUGGGCUCUUUUACAAAGACACGGUUGGUCAUAUGGAUGUGGCAGACCCCGCUGGUGGUAAUCGCGGUCUGACAAAGAGAGGGGCCUUUACCAAUGCCAGUAAUGUGGUUGAGCUACUCGCACCCGUUCACAGUCAUAUUUUCUUUCAAGAAAAACUGAUGCUUAACGGGGUGGACAUUAAAAUUCACAUGACGAGAGCUGUGAGAUUGGGACAUGCACAAGCACUGCUCUCAACAACUGCCAAGUACCCCAUCGACAGAGUGUGCCUGAAAAACUUCUCAAUUCCUGCAGGCUCACGAGUCUGCAAUCAAGAAAUCUUAUUCUUAGGAACUCUACCAAAAUCUGUUGCUCUAGCGAUGACUGAUAAUGAUGCGUUUACAGGAUCCUAUAAUAAAAAUCCAUUUGCAUUUAAAAACUAUGACCUAGAAUUUUUUGCCAUUUAUCUGGACGGACAACAGCACCCAGCGAAGCCUCUGCAGCCUGAAUUUGAAAGUGGUUCUGCAGUGCGGGAAUUUUACCAGUUAGCAUUGGCUUCUGGAAAUCAUCUUAAAAAUCAGGCUCCAUCUAUUGACACGGAGGACUUUCUGCAUGGCUAUACCCUCUAUGCAUUCAAUUUCACACCAGAUGAGGAGUGCAGUCAGCACAUAUCGCUUAUCAAGUCUGGAAAUAUUAGACUAGAAGCUCGUUUUAGACAACCGCUACCCCGAACGAUCAACUUAAUUGUUUAUGCCAUAUUCGAUAGCAUCAUCGAAGUGUCAAAUUGCCAACAGAUCCUGGUUGAUUACUAUUAA